UGACAUGUUAGCUGACGUAACGAGUAACUUGAUACUAAGUGGACUUGGUUUUAUGGCGUCUUAUGAUUAGUAUUCGGACACCUGUAUUAUAAUCAAUGAGAGCAGAAAACAUAACCAAUAUUUCAUUCUACGCAAUUUCAAUGUAAUUUUGCCAUGUGGCAAAAUUAGUUAUUUUAAGCCAAUGGUUUUCAUGCAACGCCUAGGCAAUUCGGUGGUAGACUGGGAAGACGUUGUUUCGCUACGUACGUAGACAUUUUAAUUCUUGGUUUACGAUCAUCUUGAAACCAAACCGCUUUUUGGAGCACUUGCCAUCGUACUUCAACAGAGAAUAUCAUAAAGUUGAAUCAUUUGGACCUGUUUUGAGGAGACAUAAUGACCCCUAGCUGUCAUUUUAAGCGAAAAUAGCAACGACAAGAUCUUACAGCGAAGGACCUGAUAAAAAGUAUGGAAGGCAACUGCUUUCUAUUGUUGUCGUUGUUUUUGGUUACUGGAGCCUCGCUUACAGCAUGCGAUGUUUGCAUGAGGGAAGCUCAUGUAACUACACCGUACAAAGACCUGAUAUCUACAUCUGAGGCUAAAGAACUUCAAAGUCAUGCCAAGAAUUACAGUGUUAUGCUGUUUAAAGAUAAUCAACUAUUUGUUGGAGCAAGGAAUCAAGUCUUGCAAAUAGACAAAGACAGUUUUACAGUCACACGAGUGAUGAAUUGGUCUUCUACGAUAAACCAUGCUAGUAAUUGUAUGAUGAUUAGUCGAAAGGACGAAUGUUACAAUUUCAUACAAGUUUUGCAACCAUUCCAAGGCAGACUUUUAAUUUGCGGCACAAACGCCUACUACCCGCAGUGUACUUGGAAGAAUUUAACUGAUUUAUCGGGAGCAACAGGAAGUGAUGACAAAGGAAACGUUUUUCGAGACAAUUUUGAUGGAGUAGGACUGGUUCCUUACAGUCCUAAAUUCUACAGUACAGGGAUAAUCUCAGAACAAGGAAGAUAUUACGCUGGUACAAUGCUAGACGUAGGUGCUCGUACACCUACCAUCUUUAGCAUGGAUUUCAAGAGACGUUCUCGUAUCUUAGAGACAAACCGGAAUGACAGGAACUGGCUUAGUGGCUCUGAGUUUGUGAAAACCUUCAACAUCGAUAAGUACAUCUAUUUCUUCUUCCGCGAAGAUGCAAUCGAGAAUGAAUAUAGUAAAACCCGUGUCUCGACCGUGGCGAGGAUUUGUAAGGGUGACUAUGGUGGAAGCCAGUUCCUUCUUAAGAAAAACUUUGUAACUUUCAACAAGGCUAGAUUAGAUUGUUCUACACCAGGCACUUAUCCAACACAGUUUACUGAAAUCCGGGACGUGUUUUGGGACGAGAAAUCGUCCACGUUUUACGCAGUUUUCACAACACAACCGAAUGGUGUUGAUGCAUCGGCCAUUUGUGCGUACUCCUUACAAGAAAUAGCACAAGCAUUUCACGGAGACUACAAGUUAUACGAUUCAACAACCAAACGAUGGAUUUCAGGGAAAAAUAACCACCAUUUUGAAAAUUGUACCGUUAAACCAUCCAGUCAGCUGUCUUAUCCUGAAUAUAAAAAAAAGCGAUUUGUGCCUGAUGGAAUGAUGKCUACUCGCAUCAUGACGUCACAAGCUCUCAAAGACUCCAAGACUUACCAGCUUAUGGACCAAAAGGUUAAACCAAAGACAAUCACAGCACAAUACAUCAAAUUAGGACAACGGUUCAAGAAUAUUGCUGUUGAUAAUGUGAACAACAAAACGGUCAUAUAUAUCGGUACAGAUAAAGCCUCGAUAUUAAAGUUAUUUGAACCUAAUGCAUACAAUGGGACGUGUGUCGUGGAAGAAAUCAAACUUUAUGAAGAUGGAGAGAAAGGAAAAGUUAACCAAAUGCAUUUGGAUACUGAAAAAGGUUAUUUGUAUGUCACUACCCCGAAUAAGCUGGUGAAAUUACAACUUGCUCGCUGCAGCAAGCACAAAGACAAAAAAUCAUGCCUACAAGCAAGUGACCCUUACUGUGGCUGGAGUUCAAGGGGUUGCACGUCAUGGAAAAAUAGGGAUCACGGUUGGCAGCAAAACCUCGGGCAGUGUCCUUUAAUCAAAGCUGUCUGGUCACCAUGGUCACCAUGGACGGUUUGUCAUCAACAAGAUGGCAACGUCUGUCAAUGCCGUAAAAGGAAAUGCGUCAACACAUGCAAUGAACGUGAUUGCAAAGGAAAAUCAAUAGAAUUGAAACAAUGUACAGUAAACAAGCAAAACGUUUGGUCAAGUGAAGCUGAUUGGUUAAAUGACGGUGUGAUUCAUGGUAACUGGAGUAGCUGGUCUAGUUGGUCUACUUGUAGUGUUAGUUUAGGCGCUGGUGUUAAGGAACGUUAUCGUGCCUGUAACGCACCCUCCCCACGUAAUGGCGGCCAGUCGUGUUUUGGUGAAAGUAUUGACUUUUUGAAAUGCGUAGUCAAUCCUCCACUUAAAGUAUUAAAGAAACCCAUAACGACCGAGUUAGUUGGAGUCUUGGGGAAGAAAGACCUUGCCGUCCGUAGAACAUACACGUGUUCUGUACGUGGACAUGACUUGGAAAACAUGAGUAUUGCUGUCACCAAGACCGAGUAUGUCGACUGCCUUAAAGACAGAAAACUUUGUAAAAUCCAACCAACAACACCACCAGGGCUGUGGAGUAUAUGGACCAAGUGGAGUGAAUGUGUGCUUAUUGGCAUGCAGUCCAGAAAACGGUCCUGUAUAGACGAUGAUAAACCAUGUAUUGGAGUUAAACAAGAAGAUCGGCAUUGUGAUAUAAUACCAAAAACUACACCUAGUACUAAAACUACUAAAACUACACAGACAACACGCCAUACAGUACCAACAGAACCAGACAUUGAUACAUCGUGGAGUACAUGGUCGGGUUGUCUCUGUAAUCUACCGUUUAAGAUUGUACCUGAGAACGAUAACCCAGAUCCCAUAGGAUUGCAACACAGGACACGAAGAUGCCAAGGCUUACAUCCUAAUGACGGUCGAUGCCCGAACGACCGAGUUGAAUACAAAACAUGCGUGUGUGAAAAGGUAAACACUGACUUCAAAUAUAAUAAAAUGGACGAUUCUGGUACACCGACCAAGAAAACGGGCUAUCGUAUUGGAGAUGUUAUUGGAGCAGCUAUCGUGACCGGAGUACUUGUUUUAGUUAUAUGUGCAGUUAUGGCAUAUAUUCUGGUAAGAAGGAGACAGAACUUUGACGUCUCAAAAACAUACGAAAAGAGCAUGCGUGAAGAUCCUGAUGAAAGUAGAUAUGAAAGAACAAACGGUGUUGAAUACCCAAGCGAGACAAGCAAAGACAGAAACAGCAGUGCGAAGCUACAACCUAUAGUAGUUGACCCUAAAACACGGCGGAAAACCUUUAAAGACUUAUUUAAGAAAAACACAAAACCUGAUUCAGUAUAGUACUGCGGUAUAUGUGGUCAGUGGUGCUACCCCUUGCCAGCGAUAGAUUUGGUCAGUGGUGCUCCAGCGAUAGAUUUGGUCAGUGGUACGACCCCUUGCCAGCGAUAUAGGUUGUCUGUAAACCACUGAAGGGCAACGAUAGUGCCGAAGGAAAGGCAGCUUGCUGGGCCGGCACGGUCCAUUAUCUUGCUAGUACCAAACAGCAUUUCAUACAGUAUACGACUGUGUUCUAUAGAAAUGUUCAAAAACUGAAAUGUCGAUGGGUUGACCGCCAUCAACGUACCAAAAUAGAUAGACUUAUACCCAGUGCAGUCCAUCAUGCAUUGCGUGUAUCUUAAAGAAAUUAUUUAUUUUUGUAAAUAUGUAAGUAAUAUAAAAAUAAUGGUAUAUUAUUUUGCUCGUUUGAUUUGGAUAGUUUCUAAACUGUUUACAUUCAUGAGUUUUGAGUUGUACGUAGCAUGUUACUUCAGCCGCUUUGUUAGGAAUUAAAUAUUUAUUUCUCCUAGUAUUUACUAGUCUGGUAGCAAAGACAUGUUUAAAUAUAAUUGAUGAAAAUGGCUGCCAGAAAAAAGGUUCAGUUUACCAAAAUAAUAAGUAUACCAGAACAAAGUGGUUGGAGAUCCCGUUAAUCAAAUUACUUUCUCCGCUGGGGAAAUACAUUGUUGCCUCAGAUAAUGAGGUUGUUCAUAAAGUACUGCUUUCAUAGCUUAUUAUUUUUUAGAAAUGUUUUUUUAUUACCAAGAUGCUGAACUGUUUUUAAUAAACAUUGCAUUGUUAAAUGUA